AAACCCGGAGCACGUAGCAACAACCGAGCCAAUGUGCUCCACCGCGAUCCGUCCUACCGACUGCGGUGCCUGGCAACAGAAAAAGACGUGAUGACGUCCUCCCCAGAUUGCGUAUUAUGGGAUGUGCGGAAUUAAACAACCCGAAGAGGACACGGGGAAGCCAAAAAUAAUAAAAGAGACAGAAAUAAACGAGGUGCAUGGUGAAUCAUGGAGCUCUCGGCUGUUGGUGAGAGCGUCUUCGCAGCCGAGUCCAUCAUUAAACGGCGAAUCAGACGGGGUCGCUGGGAAUAUCUCGUGAAAUGGAAGGGCUGGUCUCAGAAGUACAGCACCUGGGAGCCGGAGGAAAACAUUCUGGACGCACGGCUCUUUGCUGCCUUCGAGGAGAGGGAGCGCGAAAGGGAGCUGUUCGGUCCGAAGAAGAGGGGACCCAAACCCGAGACAUUUCUCUUAAAGGCCAAAGCCAAAGCCAAAGAAAAGACGUAUGAAUUUAGAAGAGAGGCUCCCAGAGGGAUCCAGGUUUCCUAUCCCAUCCCGGAGCCUAUCAUAACACCAAGGGCCCGGGAGGGUUUACGCACCGUGGUUCCCACCAUCUUCCCCCCGAGCGCGGUCAACAGAGGGGAGAGCGUCCACGUCCGACCACCGGAGCCAGAGAGGAGGCCCAGACCGACUCCAUCAACUGCUCUUACAGUCCAUGAAGCCGCCCGGUUCCCCAAAAAGAGAGGGCGCAAACCGAAGCUGCAUUUGCAUUAUGAUAAAGAUGACGAAGAGCCGGACACCAAACGGAGCAGGUCACUGGCGGAGCCGGUGUCACACGGUUUGUCCAGCAUGUCCCGACGCUUGCUUCAUCAUGGGGAGACGUCAGAUCACAGCCUCAUCCAGCUGACCAGGAGGUUUCAGGAGGAGACCACGAUUACACCCAAACACAGCAGCGAGCAGAGACACGCGGGGUUGUCUUACAGCUGCGCGUUCAACCCAGAUGUGCGUAAAAGCGAUCACGGGGGACACAGGACUAAAUGUUUGAGCAGGAUGGCUAUUCCUCGGCCUGGCAGCUCUGCAGAGCAUCAGAGGCAUCGCAUGAAGGAGUGCUGUCCGGCCCGGGAGCAACCUGCUGACAUCUCCACACAGUCCAUCCAUGAGCAGUCCACGCGACCAACCUCGACCUGGACCCCCAGUUUCACCAAUCUGGACACUGUGACCGUUACAGAUGUCACCAUGAACUUCUUGACAGUCACCAUCAGAGAGAGCAGCACGGAGAAAGGCUUUUUCAGAGAGAAAAGAUGAGUAUGUGGGUCAGAGGAGGCAAAUAUAUAUAUAUAUAUACAUAUAUAUAUAUAUGCGUAAAUAAUUCUUUAACAAGCUACUAACUAACACGCCUACUGUAAUACUAUAUUUUUUCUAUGUAACUUUCAAACGUGUACAUACAGAUAUUUAAUACGCUGCUGAGAAAAUAAAAAAUGAAAUU